AUGGAGUUCUCAGACAUAGUAAAUGUUUCAAAUGGUUUGGUUGUCCUGUCUCCCAACGGCUUGUACAUAUCGUCUGCUUCCCAACACAAAGUUUUUAUCCGGAUAGUUAACACAUUACAAACUUUUCAAAUAUACAGUUGCGUGGAUAUAGUCACUGGCUUGGUGUGGUCUGCAGACUCCUUGUUUAUUCUUAGUAUUCUAAAGGGCCGUAACAUAGUUCAGAUAUUCUGCCUUGAAAACCCAGAGUGGACUUGUAAAGUUGAUGAAGGUUCUGCUGGUCUUCUUAGCGCUGCAUGGGCUCCAGAUAGCAGACACUUUUUAACGACAACCGACUUUCAUCUACGGAUAACCAUUUGGUCAGUAUCGGAAGGUUCAGUUUCAUAUUUAAAACUUCCGAAAGCAUGUGCAAGCAAUUUGGCUUUUUGCCCUGGUGGCCGGUACUUAGCUUUGCUCGAACGUCGAGAUCUAAAAGACCAUUUGAGUCUGUUUGACUGUCGACCUCAAUGGACCUUAGUUUGGAACAUAAUUCUGGAUACUGAUGAUGCUGUGAAUAUUGUAUGGUCUCCAGAUGGACGUUAUAUUCUUAUAUGUGAUAACUGCCUUUAUUACAGAGCAGCUAUAUACAACCUCCUUGGAAAACAUCUGUGUACAUAUUGUGCCUAUAAACCAGAUGAAGCGCCUCUUGGCAUAAAAUCAGUGUCAUGGUCUCCUACUGGGCAGUUGCUGGCGUUAGGAAGUUACGAUCAGAAAUGUCGCCUACUAAACGAUUUUAAUUGGACUUGUUUUGCUUGUUUAAAGCAUCCUGUUAAUAAACCAAUUGAUCCUUCCUUAGGACUUAGUCCAACUGGUCGUCCUAUACAAGUUGGUGAGAAUUCAACAGCAUUUUCAUCGCACCGUAUUGAUAUCUAUGAAGAAUGUCGUUCAAAAGAUUCUACAGACCCACUCAUGAAUUCUGAAAUUAUUUCAGAAUCAUAUACUGUUCGAUAUAAACUGAUAAAUAAUUCAGUUACUAUCAAGUCAAAAAAGCCUGACCGUAAUCAACCAUUUCCUAAAAUAGGCAUUGGAUUGACAGAAUUUUCACCAGACGGUCGAUAUUUAGCUACACGAAAUGAUAAUUGUUCGAACGUGAUCUGGAUUUGGUCAAUCGACAUAAAUUUAAGUUUAUGUAGCCUUUUAAUUCAUACUAGCGGUGAUGUUUCCUCAUUGGUGUGGGAUCCAAAUUGCUCAGGUAGACUAGCUCUAUGUACGGAUUCCGAUACUGUAUUUUUGUGGACACCUCAAGGAUGCCUUGCUAUUCAGAGUCCAGCACAUUUUAAUUUUACUAUCUCAUCACUUUGUUGGCUUCCUUCCGGAGAUGGAAUUCUUCUCAAAUCAAAGAACGAAUUUUGUUUGUGCUAUUUAAAUUCUGAUGAUGGUGAUGAUGAUGACGGCAAUAAUGAUAAUAAAGUUAAAAAACAUAAUUCCAUAUGGAAAUCAUCGCAACUGCAUGCAUCAAAUAGUGAAUUACACAGAAAUGUUGUAGUGAGAAGAAAUUCAAAGUGUGUUGUACCUAAUCAUUGUUCACCGUCUAUAAAACUUCAUGGCAAUGAUGUUCAUGGAUGA